AUGGAUCGCAACGCAGACCUCAUCGCAUGCAUAUCGUGCUCUGAUAGCCAAGCACUCGUCAAAAGGCUGAUAUGCGAAUACAAUGGAGUCGUGGGAAACCGUGAAGAAGAAGAGUAUCGUCGCGGCAGCCGCGAAGCGACUGCUUCGCUGAGCGGCGAUGAAGCCUCUCAGUCUCUUGUCUCGAUGGAGCUUAGAUUCAGCCGUGGUCCCAAAACCAAGCAGGGCUUCGUGUUUGGCGCCUCGCCGAGCUGCGACUUUAUCCUCGACGGCAAAGGUAUUAGCAACCGACAUUUCGCCAUCACCUUCGACAAUGAUGGUCGUCUUAUCGUGCGAGACUUACAUUCCACCAAUGGCCUUGCCGUCACCUAUAAUGGAAAGGCCAAGGCGAUACGCAAGGGUGGGUUUCACUGGAUCAUUGGCGGCGACGCGAUACUCGAAGGCGUCGAAAUCGAAAUCUGUCCGGCUCCGUCAAAGAAGACGACCAUCUCCAUUUUGGUACAGUCUGCAAUCAGUUUGAACGAUCCCGGGCAUCUUGAAAGAGUCGCCACCUUCCUCCAGGACACGGCUCCCCUCGAGCAACGUCUCUAUGAUCAAGUUUUAUCCGAGAUUCCGACUGCAUUGGCCACCCAGACUGCCUCCGCCAAUCUUCUCUCUUCGAUAUAUUUCCCUCUGCAAGAAAUCUCAUCAGGAGGCUUUGGAACGGUUCGACGUGUUUGGAACGUAUCUACUGGCCAGAUGUGUGCGCGGAAAAAGCCAAUCCAGCGGCAGCUGAAGCCGUCCCAGAUCAAGAUGUGGGUGCGAGAGAUCAACUGUAUGAAAAACGCAGUCCAUCACCAUAUCGUCCCACUGCUCGACUCCACGAUGGACCCCGUCCCCACCAUCUUUAUGGAAUUUUACAUUCUGGGGAACUUAGGAAACCAAACAUGGUCCUUAAGUCGGAACGAAAGCAUUCAAGUAUUGGAGCAGUGUCUGGACGCUUUACAAUACAUACAUUCAAUUAAAAUGGCCCACCGAGACAUCUCCCCAUCUAACAUCCUCGUCCGUGGACGGGCCGAGACUUACGAUGACAUCGACGUGGUAUUGUCAGACUUUGGCCUUUCCAAGGAAGGCAGCGAUUUGGUUACCUUUUGCGGCACGCUUGCAUACCAAGCUCCUGAGGUAGUGCGUCCGGUCAGAGCCAGAGGUUUCUCUGGUUACAAUUGUGCCGUCGACCUGUGGAGCCUUGGCGUUGUCGUCCUUCAGAUAGCAUUUGGACUUCCGAAUGAUGUUGAUCCUGCCAACCCAACGGCCUGGAUGCAUCGCCUUGUUUUGGAGGUCACCAAAUGGGACAGGAUUAGCGGUCUCGGUCACAUUUUGACGCUCAUGAUCGUUAUUGACCCUGAGGCUCGCAUCACAAGCUGUGAUUGCUUUGCGCUCGCUAGAGAUCUGGCCUUGUUUGGCGAAGAACCUAGCUAUAACUCCCAAGUCUCGUCAAAUGAAGCCAUCACAGCAACUCACAGUUUGCUUUCUCCUGGCGAGGGCGGACUACAAAAUAGCAACCACCUGAACCGCGUCGAUUUCCGUAGGUCUAACGCCCCUGAGCCGUCUUUUGAAAGCUCCGACCAGAGCGUACCGCUGUCUGCUGUGGCGGACUGCCAUCAGCAGCUGUACGCGGACGAAUACCAGCAGGACCAAGGCCGAUAUAAUACCACGGACGCCGCUUACACAGUUAGACGACCAACCCUUGGGCUGAACCACAAUCCUGGCCAACAAUAUGAAUACAACGCCAGGUCUCCGGCUUCCCGGACUUCGCAAUGGUUACCCUCUCUGUGCUCUGAUAAUGACCCCUAUAUGGUCCAGGGCGGCAUGGGGUAUGCAAGGGAACUGCACGGCGGGGGGAACCACGGACGGUUUGGGGGUACUACCAGGCAGUGGUAUGUCGGGCAAACCGUUGAAGGUAGUGGUGCGUCGCAGGAUUCGUCUUCGUAUCACCACCCAAGAGUAACAACGCCCUUAUACGCUCAUUCGGUGGCGUAUUUCAUCGAUGCUUGCGUCUAUGGUGCCCACGUGCUUGGUUUGCAACGGCGGCCCAUGCGUUUCUUUGCAGCUCAGUAUGGCGACCCUGUGCCAAUAGAAGACUUUAGUCGUUGA